GCCUGGAGGCUGCCUGGUCGCCUAGCAACGGCUCAGCUAGGAAACAUGGACCCUGUGCUUGACCGGGAGCUUCAGGCCAAGCAGUAUUUAGAAAAACAUCGGAUCAUGGAGUUGCUGAGUCAGCUUACUAGCUUUCUUCUCUUUGCCCGACCAAAAAAACCCAGAGAUUAUCUGAUCUCUCUUUUGGAACGUCUGAAAGUCGCCAAGUUAACGGGUGUGCCGUUUCCCUACUUUAUGGACAACUCUAACAUCGUGUCCAUGUUUGAGAUGAUGGACAGCGCUGGCAAAGGCACCAUAUCAUUUGUGCAGUAUAAAGAAGCCCUAAAAAACCUGGGUCUGUACACUGAAGAUGAAGUUUUGGGUGACGAUGGACAUGCGAUCACUCUGGAUAAAUUCAGGGACGAAGUGAACAAGAGGAUGAAGGAAAUGUGGUCCGUAUUUUAGUGGCAUCGUAGCGCAAGAUAAUAAAUGGUUCUCCCAAGUUU